AUCCGUCACCUGGCGAUAAGAGAGUCGUCUGCUUCUGGCAAUUGUAUUACAUCUUCAAAAAUGAAUUGGAUCGGAGGGGCAAAAAGUAGAAUAAAACUUCAUGGAGAUCAGCGCCUGCAGAAGGAGUUCUUUGAGAAGAAAAAACUGAACCUUAAAUGUGAAAAACUAUUAAAACAAUCAGUUUGUAAAACUCCAGCAACUAGAAAAAAACAUGUAAGUCAAGACCUCCUUGCACUUCAUACAGUCAGCAAAGCAAGUGCGACUGGUGUAAAGUCAAGACAAACCAGUGUGAAGGAGGUGAAAUUUGACAUACGGCAGUCACACAAUGCUGUUAGGUUUCUCGACAAAGUAAAUCAUGGAAACAUCGUCAGAGCUACAGCAAAAAAAUUUGACAGAGUUGAACUCCCAUUUUCACCUACUCCCAUACCAUCUAAGAUUGAUCUGGAAUUUGAGCCCUCUUGCAGUAUACCAAGCACAUCAUCCAGGCCAUUACUAAAACAGCAACAUGACUCUAUCACAGACUGGAUGAAUAAAGGAGUUACCUCAAAGAAUUACAAUCAGCAUCCAGGAUUGUUUCAGGAUAUCCCACAGCAGCUGCCAAGCAGAGACCAAGCACCUAAGAAUCAAAAGUUAUCACAUUUUGCUUCUUCAUCUCUGUUAACUGAAAAUCAACAGGAAAAGCAUGCUGUGAAAUGCUUGUCCAAAGAUGAGAGCUAUUGGAUACCAGAGGAUUUUCAAAAGAGUCCAUCUGAUAUUACUCACUGCCAAGACCAGUUAGACACUGCAGAUGACUUUUCUCUAUCAGGCAGAAAUUUCUCAAGCCAAAAAUGUACUCAGGCAUGUUUUCCCAAAUCAUCUGUAGUUCAGCCAACAGAUCAGUUUUAUGAUACCAUUAUGUUUAGUCGUAGAGAAAUUGAGAGAGAUAACAAAAUAAGUACACCAGUCUUUGAAAACAGCAUUUUGGACAACAAACUUAACAGGAGAAAAGUGAACCCUUCAUCAUCAUGGUCUUUACACUUGGAAGCUGUAUAUGACAAACUUAAUUCCAAAGAAGAAGUUGCAAGUUCUGAUGAUUUUAAGUUUUCAAUGAGGCCUCUAUUUGACAAUAAAUCAGCAUUAUGGAAGCCAUUUUCUGCUGUUUGCAAUGAAGACAAGAACAGUUACAGGCUUUACAAUGAAGUGGAUGAUCAGUGCUUGAACAGUUCUUCCGCUGUCACUAACUCGGGUACUACAGGUCACCAUUAUGUCAACUUGGAGGACAUAUUUAUUCACCAGACAUCAUAUCCAAAGCUAGAUACAUCAAAUAAAUUACAUUUAGUUACAAAUUCAUCUGCUGCAAGAAAUGAUCAGGUUGACUUGGGAGAGCUCUGUCUACCACAUUCUGCAUGUCUAGGGAAAGAAGUAUCCUGUUCAGCAAGUCAGACGUAUAUGUUUGGGCAAAGUUCUGAUAUCAAGAGAGGUAGCUUAAAGCUGAGCCAUCAAUCUUUGAAUCUUAAUGCAAUCCUUGACACAGGAGUCUGUAAGGAGUGGAAUUCCAAGGAUAAUCAGCAUGGUGUUGAUGUGCUGCUUGAGCUCGGUGAACUAGAAAGAGAUACUUUGUUCGACAAUUCUGUGAAAGACACUGGCUGUGCUACAAUGACGCAAUAUUCUCCACAGAGUCCAGAGCAUGUUGAUGUCAUUUCAGCACAAGAAGAGGGGUCAGUAAACAUCGCAUCAGAUGUGGAAAAUGCUGUUCAGGAAGCAGUUGAGAAAAUGGUCCAUCAUGUUGUGCUCCUGGAGAGUCAAAGCAUCAUGAAGGACAGUGUGAGUUUUGGAUAUGAAGAUUCCAACGCCCCAUCAUUCUCAGACUCUCAUUUUAUGAGUGAAUGCAAGAGUUUGCAGACAAUUAGAGGUGGAGAUGAAAAGACAACUGUCUCUGUCCCUGUUCAAACAGACUGGAGCCUGAUGGGCUUUCAGACUAAUCAUAUGCCAGAUCUGUGCAGCAAACAGUUCGCAGACAAGGGAGUGCAAUGGGAGCCUCCAUCACCACAGACAGAUAGAAAACAAGAAUUAUUGGCCUUGACAGACACCAUACAGACCAGUGAAACAGAGUUUACUGAGACUAAUGAUUGUCAAAAAUCCAAAGACGUCUGUUCAAGUACUGUUCAGAGUAGGAACACCUCACAGAAAUCAGGCAGCCCAGUGAUGUUGGCACCAGCAAGUGCGACCUCAAAAUAAAACAGUUUGUCAACACGGAUGGCAGAGCACUAAGCUAUACUUCUCAAGCGCUUAGACAACAGGGUUCUAAAUCAGAUUACUCUCCAGACU